AUGAGCACAUUUUAUUUAUUUGAGGCAGCUGCUGGUUUAGCCUUGUUCUAAUGUGAUAGUGUAGAUGAAACAAAUGUCAAAUCGAAAUAGAUUCAAAAACAAUUCUCUGACUUUGCUUAAUUUGCAGAAGUAUGUCACUUAAAAGCUUUUCAACCAUUUAUUUCUGCUGAAAUAGCUUUGAACAAUGCUUUAGCAAUCCAUACAGGUACCGUAACUUAAGAAUUGGUCGAUUUCUUAUCAACCAAUCUCCCUGCUGUUGGGAAGAAGAGCAAUUUCUAAAUUGCUAUCUCCGACAAAGGUUUGGCUGCAGGACUCCAAUAAUAUUUGAAUUUGAAGAGCAAAAUGAACGAAGCAACAGCCUAAGUGUUCAGAGGAAUCAGAACUCAUUUCGUUGAUUUCUUGAGAAAUGAAGAUUUCAAAGAAAGAGAUUACAUUUAAGCUUAGUUGGGUUUGGCACAUCAAGUAUCCAGAAACAAAGUGAAGUUGGAUAUCAACAGAGAAGACAAACAUGUAACUUAGGCUAUAAGCAUCAUUGAAUAAAUGGACAAGGACUUAAACACACUAAGUAUGAGAAUCAAAGAAUGGUAUUCAUGGCAUUUCCCAGAAUUGGCCAAGAUUGUCACAGAUAAUAGAGUCUUCACCAGAAUCGUUGAUACCUAUGGAGACAAGAAGAAUAUCAAUGAUGAAGCUUUGGAAGCUAUUGAAGAACUCACAACUGAUGCUGAAUUGGCUAAACAAAUUGUGGAAGCAGCCAAGAUAUCCAUGGGUUAAGACAUCUCAGAAAUUGAUUUAUCUACUCUAAAGGAUCUAUGCAUCAGAGUUCUCAAUCAAUUUGAAUUUAGAGACAAUAUUCAAGAAUAUUUGAAGAACAAAAUGAUAGCUAUUGCACCAAAUCUUACAGCUUUGAUUGGUGAAAAUGUAGCUGCUAAAUUAAUAGCUCAUGCUGGAUCAUUGAUCAAUCUUGCUAAAUAUCCUGCCUCUACCAUCCAAAUCUUGGGAGCAGAAAAAGCAUUGUUCAGAGCCUUGAAAACUAGAGGAAAUACUCCUAAAUAUGGUUUAUUAUAUCACAGUACUUAUAUUGGAAGAGCUAAUGGAACUGAUAAAGGAAAAAUCUCUAGAAAUCUAGCCAACAAGUGUGCUAUUGCUUCCAGAUUGGAUCAUUUCUUGAUCUAACCAACUGAAAAGUUUGGAGUCAAGUUGAAGGAUCAAAUGGAACAAAGAUUAAAAUUCUUAACUGCUGGAGGAGAAUUGAACAAAAAUACUGACAUCAUGGAUGAAGUAUUGGCAGAAUUAAAAGGAGAAGGACUUUAUUUUGAAAGUGAAAAAUAAUUAACCCAAAAAAGACAAGAAGUCAAAGAAAGCCAAAUCAAAAAAGGUUGUAGAAGAAGUCGAAGAAGAACCAGUAGAAUAACCAUAAGAAGCUCCAAAAAAGAAGAGAAAAGCAUCCAAAUAAUAAUGAUAUAUAAAUAGUAUAUUAAAUAAAAAUGUUACAGCCAAUUCAAUUUAUGUUUCUGA